GGCGGAGUCUUCUCGGUGUGCGCACCUUUACAACACUAAUUGGUAUAAAUCCAUCCUUUUGGUAAUAGAAGGCGGAGUCUUCUCGCUGCAACUCUCCAAUUCCCAAUUCAUAGAUUUCGAUACAUACGCACCGCACGUCGGAAAACAAUCGGAGAAAUGGAGGGUUUCGAUCAUUCAUCUCUGGCUCGAGGCCGCUUGGCGGUGCUCGCAGCUCAUCUCUCCGCGUCGUCGCUUGAUCAGCCUGGCGGUGUCCAUACAGGAUUUUUGCAAUCUUCGAGUUGCUCCGCCGCCGUGGACCCGCCGCCAAAUUUGAAAGGAACGCUGAUGUUAGCUGAUGAGCGAACUGGGAAGAAGUAUCGGGUUCAGGUCUCUGAGGAAGGCACUAUAAAAGCCACCGACUUGAAGAAGAUAACAACUGGAAAGAAUGACAAGGGGCUCAAGCUUUAUGAUCCAGGAUACCUUAACACUGCUCCAGUGCGAUCUUCAAUUUGCUAUAUCGAUGGUGAUGAAGGGAUUCUCAGAUAUAGGGGUUAUCCGAUCGAGGAGCUAGCUGAUGGCAGCUCUUUCUUGGAAGUAGCUUAUCUGUUGAUGUAUGGGAAUUUACCAUCUGAAGCUCAAUUGGCGGAUUGGGAGUUUGCAGUUUCACAGCAUUCAGCUGUUCCACAAGGAAUAUUGAAUCACUUGUUUGGUGCCCAACCCUUAGUAUUUUCUAUUUUCCUUCAUUUUGAUGGUAGCCAUGCUAUUGGGUUGCAGUCUACUGUGAUAGUGUUUUUGCAUGAAGCUGAUAUCAUACAGGCAAUGCCCCAUGAUGCCCAUCCAAUGGGUGUUCUUGUUAGUGCUAUGAGUGCUUUGUCGGUCUUUCAUCCUGAUGCAAAUCCAGCUUUAAGACGUGGAGAUCACUGCCACUUCCUGUGUAUAGACCCUGCUGUUGCAUCUGGAUUAUUUGUUGCAAAUCUGUAUCCUGCUGGGCAAGACAUAUACAAGUCUAAACAAGUGAGAGACAAGCAAAUUGUUCGCAUACUUGGGAAGGUACCAACUAUAGCUGCAGCUGCUUAUUUGAGAAUGGCAGGGAGGCCACCUGUUCUUCCAUCAAACACUCUGUCAUACUCGGAGAACUUUUUGUAUAUGCUUGAUUCCUUAGGUAACAGGUCUUAUAAACCAAAUCCACGGCUUGCUCGUGCACUAGAUAUUCUUUUCGUGUUACAUGCAGAACAUGAAAUGAACUGUUCCACUGCAGCUGCAAGACACCUUGCCUCAAGUGGUGUUGAUGUAUAUACAGCCCUUGCUGGUGCGGUUGGAGCCUUGUAUGGCCCACUUCAUGGUGGAGCUAAUGAGGCAGUGCUUAAGAUGUUGAGUGAAAUUGGAAGCAUUGACAAUAUACCAGAUUUCAUUGAAGGUGUAAAAAACAGAAAGCGAAAGAUGUCUGGUUUCGGCCACCGUGUUUACAAGAACUAUGAUCCGCGAGCAAAGGUCAUCAAAAAACUUGCAGAGGAAGUAUUUUCAAUUGUUGGUAGGGAUCCUCUAAUCGAGGUGGCCUUAGCUUUAGAGAAAGCUGCCUUGUCAGAUGAUUAUUUUGUGAAGAGGAAGUUGUAUCCUAAUGUCGAUUUCUAUUCUGGUUUAAUUUAUAGGGCAAUGGGAUUUCCAACAGAGUUCUUUCCUGUUCUGUUUGCAAUUCCCCGGAUGGCUGGCUAUUUAUCUCACUGGCGCGAGUCUUUGGAUGAUCCAGAUACCAAGAUAAUGAGACCAGCACAGGUGUACACGGGUGUGUGGCUACGUCCCUACAUGCCACUGAGAGAGCGAAUAAUAACACAAGAAAAGGAUAAAUUGGGCCAAGUUGCCGUCUCGAAUGCAACAAAGAGGCGUUUAGCUGGAUCUGGGGCCUAGACUUUGUCUCGUGCAACCGCUUGCAUCAGAUUCUUCUCGUUUAUGAAGAAAUAAUAAUCGAUUUUAUCGAUGUGGUGCAUUUUCACGUCCGAUAUUUAUAAACAUUUGCAGACAACAAUAAAAUGUAAGUUGUAUUGAUGCUAAUAAUAAUGGUCACCAUUACAGCCCCUCAUUCCAUUAUCAUUCUAUUGUCGAGCAGUUUAUACAUCUGAUCAUGAUGGUGCAUGCAACUUUAUCAUCUCACUGCAAUUCUUGAUCAUGAUAGUACACACACAAAAUAGAGGAAUUUGUACUGCAUCUAAGCCCAAAUUUGUUGGUUUUGGGAGAGUUGAUUGGUAUUGCUCCAAAUUUUUGUUACUAAGAAAGCGAACACGGAGGCUGAAAUUUAAACAAGGCUUGUCUUUGUUUGUUUGCUUGCUUAUCUUGCCCAAUUUAUUCAUUAAUGGACCAUGGAAAUGACAAAGGAGUGUGUUCUGAUUUUUCUCCAACAUAAUAAUCAAUCAUUUAUGAACAAGUAUAAUUGA